AAAAGAAAAGAAAAAGAGGGAAGAAAAAGAGAUUUUUGCCAACGACAUUCUCUGUGGGCUUCUUCAUCUCUUCUUCUUUCACCAUUCUCCUCGUUGUACUCACAGACCCAUCGGCGUCCCCCCAAAUCUGAACGUCUCUUGGCCGUCCCCGGCCUCCACCUCUCUCUCUCUCUCUCUCUGGUAGCCUCAUCUGGUGGCGCUCGGUAAGCCUUCACUUCUGGCAGGGUUUCACAGCAGCUACCAGGUGACGGCCAUAUCACUGUUUGCAGAUUCUUGUAGUGUGGGAGUACAUGAUAGUCCAGAGGAUGUAAUCACCAUGAGAUGAAAAUGAAAGGGAAGUGUAGACUAUGGUGGCCCAAGCAGCAUUCACCAUGUGAACAGUCCUCGUCCUAUCUCUUGUUUGGAUGGUUUAUACCUUCUUCAGAUUCCCUUGACGUUGUUGUGGCAUUCACUUGUACUGAUGUUUCACUAUCUAGACUCCAAUGUGAUAUCAAGGUGCAACGUUCUUCUUUUCUCACUGUUGUUACAAGUUUUUUCUGCAGCUCGAUAUUAAUAGAAGUGUUUAUCAAUUCAUCACAAUUUGUGGAGAAGUUGAAUUGGUAUAUUUUAAAUUUGUUUAUUGCGAUGCAUGAGGGAGAGUUGUUAAUAAUGCUCAUGUGGGACAGUUGAAUGAUGGAAAAAAAAAGUAAAAUAAUGGACAUAUAGGAAAAAGGAUGGACAGUUGGGGGUUAUUUGAUCUACAUUCAUCUUUUGGUUUCUUACAUAUGUACAAGGGCAGAACCCAACAUCUUCGCGAUAAAGGUUGAAGGACAAGAUUUUACAUUCUACAUAUCUUUUUUAAUCUAAGAUGAAGAAAUUAUCAAUGAUACAGACAGCAACAUGCCUGCAAUUUUGCAGGAUAAGUCAGUGUUUUCUCUACUUGGACAAUGUGUUCCAAAACUUUGUAGUGAUGGAGUUCUUUCAAGCGGUCGAAUUAAUGUAUUGAAUGGAGAAAAAAACUCUUGUUAUCACUAUGAACAUGGAAAGAAUAGUGAGGUUAAUACUACAGACAGCUGUGGAAGACUCACCCCUCAAUUCCAUCAUUUAGGUGGGGUGUCAGAGCAAUGUAGACAAGUCUAUAGUAGAAACAGUAACUGGCUAUUCUUGGAAUAUGAUUCUGAUAAGAAGUAUGAAAACUCAGAAGUAUUUUGGAUUCCUAAAUUGGACUACCUUUGUUGGAACGGGCAGAAAGUGUCUAAUUGUGAUGUUCACGUUAUAAUUUAUGAUUCUCCUGUAUAUAACUGCCAUCAUUUCUCUUUGCUACCUUCAAGUUCUCGCGAACAGGAAAGUUCAUCUUUCAAGAAACCAAAGUGGGUUGAUGUACUUAAGCAAAAGGAACUGAGCUUUGACUUGGAUACAGUCAUUUUGGCUAUCAACUGUGCCACAGCUGCUAAAAGACCACUUGAAAGACAUUUGCAUACCAAAAGAUCUCCACAGAUUUCCAUUGUUGACAGGUGCUAUUCAUUCAUAUGGAGUCUUCUGGCUAUGUCUAUUGCUUCACUUUCUACUCUCUUCUAUAUGACUUUCCAGUUUUCUUAUAAACUUCAUAGUAUUGGAUCACAAUUGUGGAUGCCUAAUGUAGUUUCAAGAAUAUUCAUGACAGCAUGCAUAAAUGUCCGUAUUCGGUGUUGUCAAAUUUUGUAUUGGCCAAUUAUACUUCAAGAGCGUGGCAUGAGGUCCCUAUCGAAUGUUGAAUUUGCGGAGAAAUUUGCUUUACAGAAGCAUUCAAUGUGGACAAGCAUAGCUGCUGAUGUGUUGCUGGGAAAUGUGUUCGGUGUGGCAUUGUUAUGUUAUGCAGAUUUUACUUACUUGUUGAUUUCAAACCUCGCUAGGGAUAUCACAAAUCGCAUUCUGCGUUCAGGUUGUGUGUGGUUGAUGGGAGUGCCUGCAGGUUUCAAAUUAAACAUAGAAUUGGCUGGAGUUCUUGGCAUUAUAUCUCUCAAUGCAAUCCAAAUUUGGUCUACACUUUGGUUCUUCUUUGGUUUUAUAUUUAUUUAUGUCAUUAAAGCGCUUGCUAUAUUGGGGAUUCUUUUUGGAGUGACCUUGCCUGCUGGAUUGACCUCGGAUCUGAUAUCAAUAGCAACUUACCAUGUGUCGACCCUUCAUUGGUUUAUCUCUCUUAUAUAUUCAUCACAGAUACAGGCAUUAGCAGCCUUAUGGCGCAUUUUUAGGGGUCAAAAACAGAAUCCUCUUCGGAAUAGAAUAGACAGUUAUGACUACAUUGUGAAGCAACAUAUUGUUGGAUCGCUUAUAUUUACACCAUUAUUACUUCUUUUACCCACUACUUCAGUCUUCUACGUUUUCUUUACCAUUCUGAAUCAAUCUAUCAGCUUCAUCAGAUUGCUAAUUGAAGUUAUAAUUUCGGCUAUUCAUGCUACACCCUUUACCAAAAUUUUCCUUUGGUUGGUGAAGCGGAAAACUUUUCCUUCUGGGAUAUGGUUCGAAAUCAUUUCUUGCCACAUUAAUUCCACAGGUCGUCUGGACAGAAACUCUUCUGAAAACUUGGAUUUACCAACCAAGAUCUUGGAUCCUAGUGGGGAGAUGACCAUGAGGCAAUCUUCAGUUUUGGUUUCAUGUCUUCACAGCAAUUUAAUGGGCAUAGAAGAGCUGGUCCUGCCUCACUACAGAAAUAUUUUCUCUGGCUUCUCUCGGUCAAUACUUGCUUCUACUUUUCAUGGAGUCCUGACUGGAAGAAGAACGACAUCGAUGACAUUGAAGCUUGGCCUUCCUUCACCGAUGCCAUGGAUGUGUAUACCUUACAGAGAGUAUUGGCAUCUCUGCUACAGUUCGAUUCUUACAUGCAGGAAGCUAAGAUACUGUACUUCUUGAUUUGGUAUCGUGUUAAAUCUUAGUUUUAAGAGUUUGUUUUACUCUGAGCAAAAGUUUAGCAUUUUUUGAAGUUGAAUCUGCUUUCUCCAUGUAUUGGCUUCGUGGUAAUCUUUUGGUUCCUGACAUGAACAAAAGUUUUGGUCAUAUAUAGAAGUUGUAGAUUCCUGUUCAGUUGGAAAUAUGUGGUAACUAUUUGGAAAUUUAUUUUACCCUAGUAGUUUUAGGGGUGUCCAUUCAUCUCAUUGAUUUGAAGAAUUUUUUAGGUAGCUAGAUUUGUAGAUUGUAUUCGAAUUGAAUAGAUAAAUGAGGUUGAAAAUCUAAAUCUGUAUGGUUUGAGUA